GAUGACGACGCGAUGAUGAAUCUCCGAGCAGGGGCAGGGUUACAUGCGGCCGGGUGAGCUCGCGCAGUUACGCUAGAGCGAGUGAAGCAGCGGAGUGCAGCAGCUGAGGCGGCCGUUAGUGUGAGUCCUUUUUCCCCAUAAAUACCUGGAGAGGUCCUAACCUCCAACCGACAAUGACAGAUACAAAGCGUCUUGCUUACUCCGUUAUUCAGUUCCUCCACGACCAGCUUACGUCUGGGGGCUUGUCAUCAGAUGCUCAAGAAAGUUUAGAAGUUGCCAUCCAGUGUCUGGAGACUGCAUUUGGCAUCUCAACCGAGGACCAGAGUUUAGCAGUUUGUCAGACUUUGCCAGAAUUGUUUGCAGCAGCAACUGUCAAGGUAGCAGAUCCACCUCAGGUUAAAGUUACCUCAGCCAAUAGUUCCCCUACAGAGGAUCAGCUAGCAGAGGCAGAACAACUUAAAAGUGAUGGUAAUGACCAAAUGAAGGUGGAAAACUUCAGUGCAGCAGUGGACUUCUACUCAAAAGCCAUUCAGAUUAAUCCACAGAAUGCAGUUUACUAUUGCAACAGAGCUGCAGCUUACAGCAAACUCGGGAACUACGCUGGAGCAGUUCAAGAUUGUGAGCGUGCAAUCGGAAUUGAUCCAAACUACAGUAAAGCAUAUGGACGAAUGGGGUUGGCGCUUUCGAGUUUGAACAAACAUAACGAGGCUGUGGGCUACUACAAGAAAGCUCUGGAAUUGGACCCUGAGAACGAAACAUACAAAUCAAAUUUGAAAAUUGCUGAGCAGAAAAUGAAAGAAACGCCAAGCCCAACAGGAGGGAUGGGCGGUGUUGACCUCGCUGGUUUGCUCAGUAAUCCCGGUUUCAUGAGCAUGGCUUCUAACCUGAUGAAUAACCCACAAGUACAACAACUGGUGUCAGGAAUGAUGUCUGGAUCUUAUGGGCCUAUGGGUGGCACUGCAGCCCCGACCACAGGACCUCCAAACGACAUAUCGGGCCUUAUUCAAGCCGGCCAGCAGUUUGCACAGCAAAUGCAGCAGCAGAAUCCGGAGCUCAUCGAGCAAUUAAGGAGUCAAAUCCGGAGCCGGCCCCCGAGCGCAAGUAAUGAAGAGCAAUGACACUUGAAGUGGUAAAGAAUCAUCGUGAGGGACACAGAGAAGACCGGCUUGCUUUUUCUUUUUACCUUCUUUUUAAGAUCUAUCAUAUUUACAAGUCCAGGGACUAAACCAAUUUGACAUCACAAGGAGCGCAUGUGUGUCCAGCUGUCGUCCUCCCUGCAUUGCCUGUCUUUGAAGAAACCAAUGUAGCCAAAAUUUUGAGGUCGUAUCUGGCCACCUAGAUGCUAAAAAAGCCUGUAUGGAUGUACAGAAGCAUCACCCUGGUUUAUUAUCAUCAUUUCUGUGUAACUAAUACAUGAUCAUGGAUUGUCAUAAGUCACUGUUUUUCAUGGACUGGAUCAACACAGAGCGAUUUCCAGUAAUUCUGCAGUAACAAGCUGUCUUUGUGAGCAGAAGAGUUUGUAAAAGAUAUGUACACUGUUGAUAUGGAAAUUAAAUGUCAGAUUUCAAAUAGGA